AUUUCGCUCACUGUCUGUGGAUUCGCGGUCGCGUACGGUAGCGUUUUUCUGAGCCAUCCAUCCUUUGCGAGGUGUCCUUUUCGGUGUUUGUUCAGCAGCCUGAAAAAAAGUGGUUGAAAAUUUCUCCCCCGAAGUUGUGUGGUGUCCGGAAGUUGAAAAACGCGCUUACGAUUCAGCACAAUCCGACGACAAUCGCGCCCAAUCGAUCGAUCUAGCUGGAAGAUUGCGGAAAAUCCGAAAUUUUCUCGGUGUCAAUUAGCACAGUUGUUGGUGUCUGGUCCGAAAAGGGGUUGUCACAUUUUACGCAUUUGGUUUAUUCCCGUUUUUUCCGGAGUGGGAAGUUGCUGCUUUUGGGGCGGAAAGUGAAAAUCUGGUGCUGGUCGGGAUCGCGAGCUGCCGCCGGUGGUCCCAAAAGUGGUCGUUCGAGUGAAUUCGAGUGCAGGAAAAAGUGUUUACGUAAUUUCGCUGAAUUUUCGUUGUGUAAUGUGGUGAAGAAUCGUUCUGCCCCGUGUGCCAGAAGAGAACAGCCGCCAGUUUAGAGCGAAAAUCGGUUGCCCCCGGAGACGGUCGAACGGUGCUCGCGCGUGGGGAAGAAGAAAGGAGACGGUCGUGUGACUUGCGAUAGUAUUGGUGUUGGCCCUUUGGUUCCCUCCCGUCUUCUUGUUUGCUUGCAUCCAGUCCACUUCCCGUUUGAAGCCAGGAGGACUUCUUUUGCGAAUCGGUCGGUCGGAGAAGGAAAUCGGUGCCCCCGUGUGUAAUGGCGUUUUUGCGUUCGGUCGCUCGUUGCAAUAGUCUGGUCUCGAGAAAAGUGUCCUCAGCGGCCGUAAGUGGAAGUAUCCCGGCUUCCGGCUCGUCGCAGCGUGGUAUCCUAUUUAGUGAUGCGUUAAGUGCCGAUCAGUAUCAGGCUUCAUUGAGCUAUCUUAGCCAGGUCUUGGCCGGAGGACAACUGCACCAGCGUCGGUUCCGAUCGGUUGCGGCCACUGCCACAUCCAACCAGGUCCAUGUCGCCAAACAGCAGCAGCAGCAGAACAAUCCCAACUCGUCGCCGCAGCGGGAUCCGCUGGACGUCGGGUUCAACGAUCCGAAUGCGGCCUUCAAGAGCAAAACCACCUUCGAGCUGAUCCGGGCCUAUUUUGUGUACUUGCUGUGCUCAUCGGAGUUUCUCGUCGAGAACAACAUGAAGCUGAUGAAACUGGCACAAACAGUUCUAGGGGAAAAGCUGUUCACCCUGGUGAUGAAGUACACAUUCUACGGUCAUUUCGUGGCUGGUGAAGAUCAAGUCAAAAUUGUUCCCACACUCGAAAGACUGCGGUCGUUCGGCGUCAAGCCCAUCCUUGAUUACUCAGUAGAGGAGGAUCUGUCCCAGGAGGAAGCCGAGAAGCGUGAAGUGGAAAACUUGAGAGUUCAUCUUAUACAGACCUUCGCAAGUAUGAACUUCCCCGUGCGCCAUCCUCGGACUUUCAGCGAAAACCAUUUGGGUAAUCCGUCCACUCUGCUGCUAAGCAUUAAUCCCGAGCAAGCGUCCCCAAUCCACGUGCGCAGGGCUUCGGUAUCGUCCACCGGGACGAAUCUUUCUGGAGAGGCUACCUCCCUGCCCCAGUACAGCGUGGACAAAACGUUUGCCGAUCGACGCUACAAAGUACAAAGUGCUCGUACCUACUUCUACCUGAACGAGGCGACCUGCGAGCGAAACAUGGAGACAUUCCUGGAAUGUCUGGAUGCCGUCAAAGGCGCCACUUUCGGUACUGGUAUUACCGCCAUCAAGUUAACUGCCCUCGGUAGACCACAGUUGCUGCUCCAACUGUCCGAGGUCAUCAUGCAGGCCCGUAGCUACAUGAAUGAGCUGGCCGGUGACACCGGCAACGUCCUUACACAUCACAAAACGAUCCAAGAUCUCGAACGAUACCUGAGCAAGGUGGCCGACAAGGGUGAGGUGAAGAAAUUCUUGGAAAAAGUUACCUCCGACAAAGAUGGUAUCCUACAUUUGUUCCCCUGGUCGGGAAUCAUCAACGAAGACUGCGAACUGAGCGAAACGUUCCGAGUGCCGGAUCCGGUCACCGGACAGAUGCGUCGAUUGAUCUCACAGAUUCCACCCAAAGAGGAAGAAAUGUUCCGCAACAUGAUCAGACGGUUGAACACCAUCGUGAAGACUGCCCAAGACUUGGAUGUACGUAUAAUGAUCGACGCCGAGCAGACCUACUUCCAACCGGCCAUCUCCCGUAUCACGCUGGAAAUGAUGCGAAAGUACAACACCGAGAAGGCAAUCGUUUUCAAUACUUACCAGUGCUAUCUGAAGAAUACCUACAAGGAGGUAUGUACCGAUCUGGAGCAGGCUAAGCGGCAGAACUUCUACUUCGGUGCUAAGCUGGUGCGAGGAGCGUACAUCGAGCAGGAACGGGCACGUGCCGCCGCCUUGGGCUACGAAGAUCCCACGAACCCGUCGUUUGAGGCAACCACGGAAAUGUACCACAAAACGCUUACCGAAUGUCUGCGAAGAAUCCGAAUCUUGAAAGAUGCCAAGGAAGACCCGAAGAAGAUUGCCAUCAUGGUGGCUUCGCACAACGAGGAUACGGUGAGAUUCGCCAUCGAGAAGAUGAAGGAAAUCGGAAUCCAUCCCGAGGAUAAGGUUAUCUGUUUCGGACAGCUGUUGGGCAUGUGCGACUACAUCACUUUCCCGCUCGGCCAAGCCGGCUACUCCGCCUACAAGUACAUCCCGUACGGUCCGGUGAACGAAGUGCUGCCAUACCUUUCCCGGCGGGCCCAGGAGAACAAGGGUGUGCUGCAGAAGAUUAAGAAGGAGAAGCGCCUGUUGCUGAGUGAAAUUACCAAACGGCUAGCCAAGGGUCAGCUGUUCUACAAGCCCAAGGGUAACUACGUCCCGAUCUAAGUAUGUACUGGUUAUUCGGGCGCGUCUGGGAAUGUGGGGGUCGACCGGAUAGGUCAUCCGAGAGGAACGCUUUAGUGAACACGAAAUCAAAGUAACGUCCCAUUGUAAAACAUACACAAACACUUACACGAAACCAGCUAAACGAACGCGACACAUUCAACAGAGGCCAUACACGGGCGAUCGAAACUCCUUCAAACCGUGAACGGAAGCGGAUAUAAGCAUAAGUGUGUUAUGGUGAUUGUACUAUUAGUUGUACCGGUAAGAAAUGCCCCUUUUAGAGCCUCGCUGUUAGGAAGCGGUAUCGAAAUUGUACUAGGUGAAGAUAAGAAAGUAUCCGAACAAUGCUUUUCUAGAGAGGGGGAUCUAGCGAUGGACAGUUUAUCAAUAGUAGUGCAGACAAAUUAAGAAUGAUGAUAUUCAAGCUCACAACCCUGAAAAAAGACGGCAACUGUGUCUGGUGUGCGAAAUUUCAGUUGCUUUUAUUCGAAUGUGGUGUACACUGAGGACACCGAAUCGAAGAUUUGUGAUUGUAAUUUUAGUUACGGUAGCUGCUACAACAUACGUUAUAAGGCGAACAUUUUUUUAUUUGAGAAUAUUAAACUUUUUUACGUUUAACCGUUAGUAUCGUAGCGUUUUUCGAUGCACGAAAGCGCCGAGCCAAGUGGUAUUAUGAUAAAAUAUUUGUUUAGGAAGUUUUCAUUAGUUGAGCCUAAGAAACACACGGAUCUGAUACUCCCUUCUAAGUAGAAUCGCCCAUUCUUGUCAGUCCUUAAUUUCAAAGUUCAUAUUACAAAAGGCUGAAACUUUUAACCAGUCUGACGUUCUCGUAUGAUUUUUACCGAAUUGUCUGAUUUAUUUUUCUUUUCAAAAUUUAAAAUCGUUUCUUUUGAAAAAAUCCCAUAACAAGUGCAAAAAAAAUGGUCAUUUCAUCCGAUCUGAGUUAGAUAAAUUUAAUUAAUAUGUUAUUAUUUUUUUACGCUUCUCUAUUUUUAUUUGUUUAUUUUUGCCAAAAUUUUCUUUUGUAGUAAACAAUUUUUACUUCCCAUACCAACAUUAUACAAAUUGAACAUCUCUAAAAUGAACUUCUCCAUUGAAAAGUUCAUUCAUAGGAGUGUUCACUUUGCAUAACUUUGUGGGAUGUAGGGUAAAAUUUACAAUCCGAAUGUUAUCCAGAAUAUUUUCUUUGCCGACAAUAUAACUUUGAAAUGAAUGCCUGUUGAUUGUUGAGUCGAAAUCUAAAACAUGCAGGUUAGGUCUGAUUAGAAUGGUAUUUAAGUAGAAUCUAUUAUACCAAAAAAAAUUAACAACAGUGAACACAGAAACACUAGGUGAAAAAAAAAAGUUAAAAGAAACUGCCUCAGGAAGACAAAUAGUAGAGAAUCUAUCCAAAACUGAGCUGCAAACAACGCUUUAAGGACAAAAGUGCUGUUUGUCAAUCCGCAGAGAUUACCGCAGAAUGCGCUGGUGCAUUUCAGUGCACUUUGAGAGGCAAAUUAUUCACAAAAUUACGUAUAUCUCGGUGUUUGAUGAGGAAUUUUGAAUCUCUGUGUGUUAUUCUCGAAUAUUCAUGGGCAAUUAAAAAAGAUCGUUUAAAGCGGUGGUAAGUGGGCAGUUACGGUACACUGAUUAAGGGUCAAUUAUACGUCGACAGGCUCAUUUUUUUCUUUGUUCGGGUCAUAAACCACUGCGAUCAAUAUUUGAUCUAUUGUGUGUAACUUGCAGAUAACGAAUUUGGAGCUAUUGUAGACAUUGUAGGUCUACUAAAUUUCUAUUUUUUUCAUCAUUUUUCAGUACUUGGUCUAGUUUUAUGAUUUCCAUAAUUUAAAAUGUAGCGUAAUGUACACCUCCAACAAUGAAUUCGCUUAAAAUAGUAAUUUCUAGGGGUGUUUUAUGCGUAAAAUUCUGUAAAAUUGAUAUUGCCUUCCAGUGAUGCAGAAUCUAUGAAAUUUUUAUCUUUAGUUACAUAUUAAAAAAGUACGAAGACAUUUACGUUUUUAAUCAAAUCAAGUUAUAUUAAUUUUGUUGCUAUUCGCUUCAAUCAUCGAGAUGAACUGUAACUGCUCAACCACUAUAAAACCAUCGAAAUCUGUUUAUCUUUUGUAUUUGGUGGUUUACCAUUGUCAGAACAACACCCGACCCAUUAAAUAUUGAAGGAUGCGGAAGAAAACGAACCCUGAUUACAAUUACUAGUGCGAGAAAAGUUGACAAUAAACAUUGAAGGUGAAAACAAACUGAAUAUCGUGUAACUAAAACCAAUUAAAAUGUGAACGGAUAUUAAGAGUAAACGUAAACAAAAAUCUUAAAACCUAUGUGAAUGUAUAAUGUACGUUAUGAGUUACUGAGCAGGCAUUAGAUUAUAAAAAAAACAAUGUGUUCACCUCUGCUUGCGAUCGUCUCUAAAACUGACGUUUAGUCAAAGACGGUUGCACAAGGUUUUCACUAACACAUACACACACGUAUAUACUAACUACAAUUACAAACUACUAUUACUGCAUAUACUUCUAUUGAAAACAGAAGAACAAACACAACAAGCUAGUGAUGCUGAAAAACUCAAACAUUAGAACAAAAUGCAAACGAACGGAAAGGUAAUUGAAUUUAACUUAACAAUUGAACACACAAAACUCCUUACACACCUACAAACAAAGUGCGCUUACUUUCGCAGAACACUAUUAAGCUAUGGAAGAAGCCACCAGUUGCCCGUCGUCUGAUCUCAUCAUCCAGAUGACGCGCAACUUGGCGACAAAAGAUAGCUAGCUGGAAAAGUAAGGCGCACCGAGUUAAACAUGUUCUAAUCGUAAGAUGUGUAAAAUAUUGAAAAAUCAAAAUAAAACGUCAACAAACGAAAACAAG